CAUACUUGCAAGUGUCUUCUGUUGUCAUGACAGAUUCUCCUGCUAGUUCACACAAUGUUCAAAAGGCACAAGUCCCUUGCUUCGGAACGCAAGAGAGAAAUAUUUUCCCGAGGAGUUACACGGUCCAUGCUGAAGAAUGACUUGAGAAACUUUCACUGUUUGUCGCAACUUGUGCUCUCAGCAGGCCCUCUAAAAUCAGCUCCAGUAGUUAAACAUGCAAAAACUGCGCACUUUGAGAUUGAAAUACUUGAUGCUCAAACAAGAAAGCAGAUAUGUAUUGUGGAUAAGGUGGUGCAAACAUCUACUAUUCAUGAUGUUAAACAAAAACUCCACAAAGCAUGUCCAAAGUGGUAUCCUUCCCGAGUUGGCCUGCAGCUAGAACGAGGUGGGCCUUUUUUGAAGGACUACAUAACCAUUCAAAGCAUUGCAGCUUCCUCCAUUGUCACCCUCUAUUUUACAGACCUAGGUCAACAGGUCAGUUGGACUACAGUAUUUUUGGCUGAAUACACAGGACCUCUGCUGAUAUAUCUCCUCUUUUAUUUGAGGAUCCCAUAUAUAUAUGAUAUGAAAGAGAGUUCUAGAAGAUUCCGUCACCCAGUGGUACACUUGGCUUGCUUCUGUCAUUGUAUACACUAUAUCCGAUAUCUUUUGGAAACCUUAUUUGUUCAUAAAGUUUCUGCAGGACAUACACCUUUGAAAAAUUUGAUAAAGGCCUGUGCCUUUUAUUGGGGAUUUACUUCUUGGAUUGCCUACUACAUUAAUCACCCACAGUAUACACCACCAUCAUUUGGAAACCGGCAAGUCACAGUAUCUGCUAUCAAUUUUUUGAUUUGUGAAGCUGGAAAUCAUUUCAUCAAUGUAAUCUUGGCUCAUCCCAAUCACACAGGAAUUAAUGCCUGUUUUCCAAGUCCAAAUUAUAACCCCUUCACAUGGAUGUUUUUCCUGGUUUCAUGUCCUAACUACACUUAUGAGAUUGGAUCAUGGAUUAGUUUCACAGUCAUGACACAAACACUGCCAGUUGGGAUUUUUACACUUCUGAUGAGUAUCCAGAUGUCUCUGUGGGCACAAAAGAAACAUAAGAUUUAUUUGAAGAAAUUCAAUUCUUAUGUGCAUAGAAAAUCAGCAAUGAUUCCAUUCAUACUGUAGGAAAAAAUAUAUAGAAGAAAAGUAUAUAAGCUCAAUAAAUCAGACUUGGGCAAUUGUUGACUAUAAUGCAACAGAUUUUCAAAAACUACAGUACUUUUACUGAGUAUAAAUAUUAAAUGGUAUCAUCUAGCUAAAUUUAAAGGAAUAAACCUGAGACAAAAAGAAGAAACCAUAAAUAUGGGACUAAUAAAAAAUAGUAUCCAAUAUCUUUUCAAAGAAUUGGUCCUUAAACAAGAUUUUCUUACGUCAUUAAAUAUUUCAUAAUACUAUUUGCUUAAGAUAAUUAAAAUACCUGAAUUCUAAAGUAAAAAAAUUGUGACAUUUAAGUCCCUUGAAUUUUACACAUUUUGAUAGUAAUUUAUUAUUUUCUUUAUUGUUCAACAUGUUAUUGAGAAGUAUAUUUCAAUUUCUUGUGAAAAUUCUACCUAUAUUAAAAGUGAAACAUGUAAUUUCUCAUGCCAUAUUCAUUUAUUCAUACAUACGUUGUAUGUAUGAAACUAUACAUUCUGAAACUAUAAUAAUUAAAAAUAUUUUCUAGACAUUAUUUACUAAAUCAUUUGAAUAUAUACUGCAUAUUAAAUAUAUAUUUAUAUUUACAUGCAAAUCAUUUUUAUAUAUAAGUAUAUAUUGAAAUAUGUAUUUUUAAAAUUGAUUAUAUGUGAUGACAGAGUACAUUGGAGAUGUUUUGAGAUUAAGAGUGGAAAUAUUUCCUAUGUCCUCUCAAAGCUUGUUUGCAUAUGUGUGUGUAUGUGAAUAUGCAUAUAUAUUUUGACAGGGAGAUGACUGAUACAAAAAUCAAGUACACAUUAUUUAAAUAUUUUUAAAAAAUAAAGUUUCUUCAUUUUUAAAUUGA